AUGUCUAUCGCCGCCGGAGUUCACCGGAGCACCAUCACCAACCGCCUCCUUGUCGUUGAAGCUGGAGUCCUCCGCAACCACAUCGCCGGCGAAGCUGCUGCCAGCGACGAAGUGCAAUACAAGAAGCCGACAGACGACUGUCGCUGCUCUCCUCCGGUGAACUGCGUUGUGUUCGCCGCUAUGCACGAUGUGUGUGACUGGGAAAAACCACCGCCGGGAAGCAAAACGACAGCGCCGCUGCCGCCGUUAUCUCCGGUAGAUGAUGCCGCCGCGGUGCGUUUCUAUGAAGGUAAAUGGUCGCCAGUCCUUGUGGAUAGCUCAGUCAAGGUGGUUGUCGUGUUCGUGGGGAUUGUUGCUCCACCGUGA